AUGGUGGAGGUCUAGACCCGCCAGAUCCUAGUAGAGUACCAUCUUCCUGCGAGUCAGGUUAAUAAUAAUUUUCAAAUUUUGCUCAUAGCUUGAAAGUCAAGCUCAACGAAUGUUUAAAUAUAAUAUUAAUAUUUCAAAUUUUGGUUAUUCUUGAAAAUGUGGAUAGCUGAAGUGCCGAGAAGAAAGGGUCGUGGCCUGGCUAAUUCGAAGCCACUUGAAAUUCGACGGCGAAAUGCCGGGAAGCCACUAGAUCUUCAGCUUGAUCCUAGGACGGACAAAGUGGUUGGCUUGGAGGACCAAGCUUUUGUCCGCGAGAUAGGCCUCCAAGUCACUUUGUUGUUGCCAGGACAUUACUUGGAUUUCGCUGAUAUACCUCAACAAUUUAAGGAACAAGUCGUACAAAGGAUGAAGUAUUUUUAUAAUGUUGAUGGUCAUCCAGAACCCGAGAGAGUUAUGAAAACUAUCUACACAGAGAUGCGCAAAAGAUAUUCUGAGAGAAAGAACAUCAGACAUACUCACUUCAAAAAAUAUUACUCUAAUCCGGAAGAUUUGCAGAGUGUUUUAGUUGCCCCACCUGACCAUUGCUCCAAGGAGAGAAAAAAUGACGGAAGAGCUUGA